AUGAAUAAUUUUAUAAUUAUUUCCAGUUCCUCAUUAGUUUUCAUCUUAAUUAGUUUUUUUUUAGCUUUAAUAAUGGCCUUCUUUUUUUCAACCAAAAAUAAAAUAAAGAACCAAAACUACAACAUCAACAAAAUUAUUAAUAAUAAUAAAAAUAAUAAUAAUUAUAAUGCUCUUGAUAAAAAUUAUAGUAAUAAUUUUUCAAAUAUCCAUACUCUUGAAAAUUUUAUCUCAAGUCUUGUAAAUGUCAUUUCUGGUUUAGAAAUCAACUUUAUUAAAGUUGAAGAAAUGAUCUCAAAUUUCUAUAAAUUUGAAAAAGAAAUAAAAGAUAACAUUUCAAAUAGCAAAAUCGAUGGAUUCCAAGACAUUAUAGACUGUAUAUUUAUUGACUCUUUGGGACUUUUGGAAAAGCUUAAAUCAAAACAAAAGCGUAAACAGAGUAAAAUUCAAGAAAAUAUCAGUUAUAUUAUUUUAUCUCUAUUUUUUUUUAUUAGUGGUAAAUGCCGUUCAAUUAAUAUUAUCAGAUUUUUACCUAUUUUGUAUAAUGACAAAUCCGAAAAGGUCAAUCUCUGCAAGGAAUAUUUAAUUGAAAUUCUUCCUUCAUUAAAUGUACAUGAAUUGGUCCCUACAUUAAAAUAUUUCAAUUUAUGCCACAGCGAAAUAAUUAAUAUUGGGAAUCCAGUCCAGGUUAACCCCUCAUCAGUUUCUUCAAACUUUAGAAGUUUAGCUUUGGUUAUGUAUAAUAAUCACAGGGGUGCAUACGGAAAAGAAAAUAUUGCCAUUGUUGAUUCGAUAUUGUGUGAAUCAAUUGAACUUUCCAGUUUUAUUAGUUUAGAAGGUGCAUUCAAAUUUUAUUCAGAAUUGUAUCUCAGUUUGCCACUAUCUUUUCUAGUACGGCAGCGUCGGAGCCUUACCAUUGCCCCAAAAAAUAUAAUGAAGCUCUAUACAGCUUACAAAUGA